GUUCGAUUCGACGACGCGUCGCGAGGGGGGCAACGGGUCCGAACGGGUCGUCGCGUACGGACGCGUCCAGUCUGGUCCAGUAGCGUCGUUGCGGAUCGAACGCGACGAUUGGACAGUUCUCGGCUGGUUCUCACCGUAAAAAUCGCCAGAGUUAAAGGGAAAAUGGGGGACCGUGGUAUCGCGCAUGCGCCCGGAGCAACGCUGACGCAGAAGAACCGUAUACUGUAUCCAUCGUAGAGGAGGUCGAGCCGCGUGCGGAAGGAUUAGGACGCGACGAGGCUGGACCAAGGGGAAUCGCAGCGGAGGCCUCGAAUUACCUGGUGGAGAUAACCGUUGGAAAGUGAUAUUCUCUCUCCCGACUCCCGACGACUCCCGAGUUCCGAGUUCCGAGUUUCGAGUCCCAAGGAGAGGCGAGGAGAAAAGAAAAGAGAAGAGAAGAGAGCAGUGUUCGCAAAGCCGUCCGUCCGACUGUGGUGUCCCGUGUCCCGUGUCCCGUGUCCCGUGGUACCACUUCCGAAGGCUUUGGACGCGAACGCGUUUCUGUUUCCGAAGGCAGGCCGCGCAACACCGUAGUAAUUCCAGCAGACGGACAGGAGGGACAGGCUAACAUGGCACAACCGACGAGCUCGGCGCUCAGGGCGCUCGCCCUCGAGUACAAAAGCCUUCAAGAGGAACCCGUCGAGGGUUUUCGUGUGAAACUCGUUAACGAGGACAACAUGUUUGAGUGGGAAGUAGCUAUCUUCGGCCCCCCGGAUACGCUCUACCAAGGUGGAUACUUCAAGGCACACAUGAAGUUCCCACCGGAUUAUCCGUACAGUCCACCGAGCAUUCGGUUUAUGACGAAAGUUUGGCACCCGAACGUGUACGAGAACGGAGAUCUGUGCAUAUCGAUCCUGCAUCCGCCCGUAGACGAUCCACAGAGCGGCGAGCUGCCGUGCGAGAGGUGGAAUCCGACACAGAACGUCAGGACGAUCCUGCUGUCGGUGAUCUCGCUCCUGAACGAGCCGAACACGUACAGUCCCGCCAACGUGGAUGCCUCGGUGAUGUAUAGGCGUUGGCGCGACUCCAAGGGUCGGGACAAAGAGUACGAAAAUAUCAUAAGGAAACAGGCGCAGGCUGCCAAGAUGGAGGCGGAGAAGGAGGGCAUCGUGGUCCCGGUGACGCUCGAGGACUACUGCAUAAAGACGAACGCGAGGCCGGCCGAGCAGCAGCUGGACAUGACGGACUUCUACGACGACGAGUACGAGCUCGACGACGACGAGGACGAUCAAUUGAGCGCCAGCGAGUACGAGGACGGGGACGACAGCGGCAAUGGGGAGUCGUGAUCCAUUUCCUAAAGAGAGGACGACGAAAAAAAAAAGCAAUCGAUGAGAGCACUCAAAUAUUAACGAAAGACAAAAAAAGCAAAAAAAGAAACAAAGAAAACAAAACAAACAUAAGUCGCUAAUUAUUAUCAGUUCUGUAUAGAUUAAUAAAUUAACGGGCUUCUAAACCGAAUGCUCUCUCUCUCUAUCUUUCUCUCUCUCUCUCUGUCUCUAUCUAUCUCUAUCGAAGACGUGCCACCUAUAAAUUCAAGUACGCGUAAUCUAACCAUUUUGUUUCCUCGUUGAGCGGACUAUCUCGAGACCGCGUACAUAGAUUUCAGAAUGUCGUCAAUUAUCGCGCCGAACUGCGAAUUCGUCGAUUUUCCUCGUCCUCUUUCUCGUCGUUCUCGUCCCGUUAAGUUUCUUUCUCUCUCUCUCUCUCUCUCUCUCUCUCUCUCUCUGCUAAGGUCGAUUCUACGCCGAAGGGGGACUCGUUGUCGGGCCGCGCGGAGCUUCCGGUCGAGUAACUUGCAGACCAUAACGAGAUUCCAUCGAGACCGAGCGAGAGUCCCCUUCCGCGGAGAUCCCGAAAAUCUAGAAACCGAUCGUAUCGAUAAAGGCGAUGCCCCGUUUACGAGCUCGUUGAAUCGAGCAACGCGUCGCGUACGGUGCGCGACGACGAGUAUACUCGGUUAGAGGAGAGCAUCGUGCUUGUUCCGUUGUGGUUGGCACGUCUGUCUUUUUUAACUAGGCGAAAGGAAUACGGCAGGAGAGGACCGAUCGAUUUACCCCGCCUCUCGCCACCGUCGCUAGCCGCUGUCUUUCUCAACGAAAGAAACGCGAACGAAGUUGUAAAACGGAUUUAAAACGGCAGUUCGAAUCGCGAUAUCGGACCGGUUCCGAGCAAUCGGCGAGGGUACGUCGAUCGAUCCUGCGUUUCUCGAGACUCCGAUGUGGAAUUUGCAUUCGAAUAAAUUGACAACACCCCGU